UUUUGUUCUGCUUCUCACUUGCAAUCCUGCGCGACAAGGAUGCCUCUCUUCGGUCCCGCCAUCCCGUGGGCUGCGUUAGGAGGCGUGCUUCUGCUACUGUGGAAGCUGACACGAAACUAUGUUUUGCCAUCGCCCCUGGACGAUAUACCCGGUCCGACUUCAUCGUCGACGCUCAAAGGCAGCAUGGCCCGUUUUCAGAGCCGCGGCUCCUGGCCGUUCCUCGACCAUCUCACAAAUGACUACGGACAGGUCGUGAAGUGUACUGCAUUCCUAGGGAGACGCGUACUCUGGGUCUUUGAUCCGAAGGCUUUGCAUCACGUUGUUGUCAAAGAUCAAGAUAUCUACCAGGAGUCUCCAACGAGCAUCGCCGGACGCAAGCUGAGCACUGGCCCUGGUCUUCUAUCGACGCUUGGCGACCACCAUCGCCGGCAACGCAAGAUGCUGAAUCCCGUAUUCUCCAUCGCACACAUGCGCAGAUUGACGCCCGUAUUCUACGAAGUUGCGAAUCGCCUUCGCACAGGCAUCCAGACAGAGCUCAACACCUCUCCGGCCGGAGAGGUGGACGUUCUUAACUGGAUGGGCCGCACGGCACUGGAGCUCAUUGGCCAAGGCGGCUUCGGCCAUUCGUUCGAUCCGCUGGUCGAGAACGUCGAGAACGAUUACGCGAACGCCAUCAAAAGUUUUGUCCCGACUUCGUCUCGUCUCGCCCCCUUCCGCGUACUUAUACUCUUCUUCGAACCUCUCAUCGACCUCUGCCAACGUCGUCCUGCCGUUGGGGCAUUCGUCAAGAAGUACUGGAGCCUCAUUCCACAUACCGGCAUGCAGCACAUGAAAGACAUCCUGGAUGUCCUGGACGACACAUCCCGGCAGAUCUUCACAGAGAGGAAGAUUGCACUCGAAAGCAACGACCAAGAGCUGAAGAUGCGUAUUUUGGAGGGCCGAGACUUGAUGAGCGUCAUGCUACGGGAGAACAUGAAUGCAAACGUCGCGGACAGGCUUCCUGACAACGAGAUCAUCGCGCAGAUCACGACAUUCACGUUCGCUGGUACGGAUACCACCUCGAACGCGAUUGCGCGGAUUCUGCACCUGCUAUGCCUUCACCCCGACGUACAGGAACGGCUACGCGCAGAGCUGAUCGAGGCUCGCUCCCAGAACGGUGGCCAGGAUCUCGAGUACGACGAGCUCGUGAGUCUGCCAUACCUCGAUGCUGUCUGCAGGGAGACGCUGCGCCUCUAUCCCCCGGUUGCAUUCACCUCCCGCGAGAACGUACGGGACAUCGUUAUGCCGCUCAGCACGCCACUCACCCUGCGCGACGGGACUUCAACAACCUCCAUCCACGUCCCGAAGGGCACCACCAUCCUCAUUGGCAUCUACUCGUCGAACCGCAACAAGGAGGUCUGGGGCGACGAUGCAUGCGAGUGGAAGCCUGAACGCUGGCUCGACGGCAAGCUACCGGAGUCGGUGGCAGACGCGAAGAUUCCUGGGGUGUACUCUAACCUGAUGACGUUUAUCGGCGGCGGCCGGGCAUGCAUCGGCUUCAAGUUCUCGCAGCUCGAAAUGAAAGUCGUGCUGACAAUGUUGGUCUCGUCCUUCCGGCUGUCGCUCUGCGCGGGCAAGAACGGCGAUGUGUUCUGGAACCGCGCAGGUAUCGCGUACCCGACCGUGGGCCCGGACGGCAGGAAACCCAGUUUGCCCCUGAACGUUGAGCCGCUGCAGGCGUAGCAGGCCGCUGGAGUUCGUGCGUGUCCUCAAGGCCAAGGUUUACAUUUUUGCUCUGUAAAUACUGAGGCUCGGUGCGUACAGAUCAUUAUUGUAAAUAUCAUGUUACUACCUCUCGCUUUGCGGAAAUAAGUACAGACUGAAAGAAGCUUCUUCUGAGACGAGCCCGCUCAACACUUCGCGGCGGCCGAUAUGCCCGUCUCCUGCACCGCGGGCGCACUGAGCGCGCCCUUAUGCUCUUUAUCA